UCUGCAGUGCCAGUAGUAACUGUACUGUAUCUAAAAACCUAACAACAUUUCCUUCCUCUUUUCUUCUUCUUCUCUCUCUGGCCGCCUCUCGCAGCUGAAGCUUCCUCUUCCAAUCCAUCAAUGGCGGAAGUCGAUAGCUCAAAACCCCCCCCAACCCUAUCUGAGCAAUAUUUAUUGAAGGAGAAACAAGAGAAGUUGGAUAUGGGUACGAAACCUGCUGAAGAACUUGAGGUGAAGGACCCUGCAAAUGCCACCUCUGAGGAAGUUGCAACCGAGGAAAACCCUGUUGUUGCUGAUGAAAGUAGUGGAGAUCCUAGCGCUGAGGCCACUUCUAAUGCAGGGGAAAGUGUCGCUGAAUCCACCCAAGCGGCUGCUGAGGAAAACAGUGAAACAGCUGAACAGGAUGACUCGGGAGAUAAAGAAGUUGAAGAGACACCAGAGAUUAAGAUUGAAACAGCACCAGCAGAUUUCCGUUUCCCAACUACAAAUCAAACUAGACAUUGCUUUACCCGAUACAUUGAGUAUCAUCGGUGUGUAGCUGCAAAAGGAGAAGGUGCUCCUGAGUGUGACAAGUUUGCAAAAUACUACAGGGCUCUUUGCCCCGGAGAAUGGGUAGACAGAUGGAAUGAGCAAAGGGAGAAUGGUACCUUUCCUGGUCCAUUGUAGGUGGCAUACGCUGAAGAACUAAAUAUAAUUUGGUUCCAGCUAUUUCAUCCAGGUUGCUUGGACUGCCAGUUGAAUUUCUUGAAAUGAGGAUCAAACAGUAGUUAAUAAAAAUAUUUUAGCUCGGCUGUUGGAACUAGUUUAAGUCCAAACACAUAUUUGUGUUCCUACAACAAACCUAUUGACAAUCAUCAUUUUGAUGGAUUUUCUUUCCACCAUUUUUUAAUGCUCCGACUGUGUUGUAACAGUAACAAGUCACUACCAUAAACUUAAGCAGUGACCUUGGUUUUCUAUGCACAUAAUAAAAGACUAUUGGUUGAUGGAUUAUCAAACUCUGAAA